AUGCGGCACGACCGUCGAUGGCGAGAGAUAACAUGGUGUCCAGUAGUAUUGACCUUCUCGUACGGGUCACAGGAUUCACAGGACGAAAACCCUUUGAUCCACGCUCAAUCUCGCCUUGAAGAUCUGGAUAUCAAAACUGUUAUCCAAUAUCUUCCCGGGAAAACGAGCUAUGUGGUACAGAAAAGACGGAAUACAGCCAAGGGUCUCCAGGCGCUUAUAAACGGGAAACACAUAGUCGAACCGGCAUAUAUCGAACACAUCGUAUAUGCCGCCACAUCCACCGAACUCGAGCGUGAAGAGGCGCUCUGUCCAUUAGAACAAGAUUUUGAUGCCGCGUGGCCUGACCCAAUCCCACAUCUUCCACCCAGGGGAAAAGAAAAAAUAGAUUUGCCGGAUUCUGCGUACAACCCCGAUCCACGACGAUCUGGUGUAUUUGAGGGUUACACUUUUGUAAUCUGCGACGAAUCGAAGUGGGAAGAAUUACAGGGAGUAAUCACCGAUGGUCAUGGGAAGGCAUGGAUGUCCAUACUUGACCUUGAAAUCGACCCUGCAGAACAUGCACAAGAUUUUGUGCUUCAAGCCGCCCGCUGGUCUGGCAAAGGAGAAUUCGGUCGUGAUUGUGAAGUAGUACUGGUAAAGCCUCGGAAGAAAAAUAACUCGGAAUGGUUCGAUCGGUUUGAAAACGAAGUUAACCGCCUAACAGGGCAACAAUUCAUCGAACCAGGUGAGCUCUUAGAUGCAAUCUUGCGAAACGAUGCGUCAAGACUGUAUAAGCAGUACCAACCCCCUAUCGUUCCCGCACCAGCCGCUCAAUCGCAAGACCAAGCGAUGGGGCAUACCGCAGAGUCGGCUGCAUUCAGACCUGUGGAAACUGCGGAAGAGAGCCAGAGGAGUUCUAGGCCGGCUAAACGUCCACGUACUCAAGCCUACGUUCCCAAGUUCAAAAAUUUCGAUGACGGCUUUGAUAUGGAAUCGAUCCCGACAUAUAACUUGGAAUUGGAGGAAGCUUCUGAAGAACCCUCCCAGUCUUUGGCUGUCGAUUCAAUGCCCGAUCAAUCAAUGCAAGAUCGUGAGAUAUCAGAUGCAGACGAUGGGGUUUCGGAGCUUCUUCCAGGAGCUACUGCUAUGAGGCAUCAUUUCCGCGGCCGAGCGCGUCCUGUGGCCAGUCCAGUACCGCAGCCACAACGAAGAACUAAAAAGCCAAAAUUAGAUGUGAUUGAGGCCGCCCGGCAACAUCGUGAAGCAGAAGACCGAGCUGCUUUGGCGCGCCAGGAAGAAGAAAAGGCAGCAGCUAUUGUUGAUGGCAUGGAUUUGUCGCGACUUCAAAAUCUUGCUAUAAUCGAAGAAAUGCCAGUCUUUCAAAAGGUACGGCAAGAUCGGCCUUCAAAUGGACAUGGAGACCGAUGGGAUGAUCGAUGGAACGGCCGUAAAAACUUCAAAAAAUUCCGACGCAAAGGGCAAGGUGGCGCGCUACAUCGAGUACAAACUGUUAUCGUUCCUCUCGAGGAAGUCAAAAAGAAAGAUUUUGGCAUCGGGGAUGACUACUGGAGCCAUAAUAACAAUAGCAGCACAAGAACGGAACGGAAUCGAUCGGUUGUCCAGGAAUCUAAUGACACAAUGUUAACAUCUCAACCUAUCUCGCAAAGUGCAGAAUCCAGGACGACAACCAGAUCCAGAAAGCGGUCGCGCACAAGGGAUUCAGAUAGUGACGAUGACGGGCUAAGGUUCCGCUUCAGGCGAAAGAAGAAGCGCUGA